AUGUCCACAAAGAAAGGUUUUUCGUUGAAGGGUGGCGUCGAACCGCACCACCAUGUAAAUAACGUGGUUUACAUGAAACUUGCCAUCGUGAACGGAAUACAGGUGAACGCGUUUAUUGACCUAGGAAGUGAACGAACACUAAUCGCGGAACGGGUGGCGAAAAAACUUCAGAUGAACAUCAAAACAGAUACAUCGGUCUUAAAAGGAUUUGCCGGAGGCGAAUGUAGAUCUGUUGGAGCUGUGACGGAAUGUGUCGAAAUAGAUAACUUUACCAACUUAAUUGAUAUUCUGGUGGUUCCUGACAACACGAUGGAAUAUGACAUGCUAAUCGGGGACGACUUUUUCUGUAAAAGAGGUGUAUCCGUUGUAAAGACUUUGGAUACAAUAAGCAUACAAUGUGAGAACCCCGUAAUGAUGUAUGUGAGAGAAAAAAAGAGAAUGCAGGCAAAUGUACUUCUUACAAUAGACGACUUGAUCGUAGAUCCAUCAGCUACAGAGAGCGGUAAAUCGAAGCUGAUCAACCUGAUUAAUCGUUAUCGGCAUUGCUUCGCGGUAGACCGCAAUGAAAUUGGCUACACUGAUAUAGAAACUAUGAAGAUCACGUUGAAGGAAAAUAAAGUUGUGAGACAUGUACCUUAUCGAGUAGCUCACGGUCAGCGGAAGUUCCUGCAAGAUGAAAUAAAUAGUCUCUUGGAAAACGAUAUCAUUGAGGAAUCGUCAUCUGAGUUUGCGAGCCCUGUGGUAAUUGUUCCAAAACGCACUGGAGACUAUCGAAUGUGCGUGGACUAUCGCAUGAUGAAUGCUAUACACUGA